AUGCAGAUCUUCGUGAAGACCUUGACGGGCGUGACCAUCACCAUGGAUGUUGAAGGUUCCGACACGAUUGACACCGUGAAGGCAAAGAUCCAAGACUUCUACGGCAUCACUCCUGAAGAUCAAGAAUGGGGAGUUCAAUCGCAUUUUGCAGAUGAACACCAAAAUUUAUUGGAUAUGCUAUGCCAUUCCGAUGAAGAGGACAGCACCGAGGAAGGCAUCUACAACGGUGAUCGUGAAACCUUGGGUGAUAAGGGCAAUAAAGUGGCCAUCAUCAGCGUGGGCGCUCUGUGGCUACUGGAUCGUCUGGUGGUUGCUUCUUUUGAUGUCCUCUUGAAGGUGGGUUGGCAAAAAUAA